CAGAAGUGAGUCUGUCCUCAACCCCUCAUCUAGUCUGUGUGUGCAUUGUGGCUGCUUUGUGUGCUCAUGGCCGGUUCGUUCUGCACUCGUUUUAUUAUUUAAUAACAUCGUGAAAGUGUCAGUGAACAUAUUUGCUUACUAAAUACCAAUUGCUUUCAUGACAAGGUGUAAAGUGGUGGAUCAUGUGGACAUAUCUGACCACUGUUUAGGGUUGAAAAUGCCAAAGGGAACGUCGUCAAUUUUUUCAGACACAAUGAAGACCAUUUCAUUCAUCUCUUGCCUUUGUUAUGCAUGCACACUGACUGACGGAGCCAUAAUCAAUGUAGAGGGAUUUGAGGGGAGAAAUGUCUCCUUCCAGUGCAAACACAAAAUUGCAUCGAACAGCAACAAGUAUUUUUGCAAAGAUCCAUGUAAAAGCGAAGGAGAAAAACUGGUUACUGUAGAAUCUGGCAGAAGAGCAGAGUCAGGGAGAAUAACUCUGGUGGACUCUGGGGAUGGAUCCUUCAAUGUGACCUUCAGUCAUCUCCAGCUGUCAGACUCACAGAAAUACUGGUGUGGAGUGGACAGGCUUGGUUUUGACACAUAUACCAAGGUACAGCUCACAGUAAAGAAAGCUGUUGAAACUGAGACGACUCUCGUGCCUGAUGUUUCUUCCACGUCGACGUUUCAAAAUAUCAACACACCACACUUCACAACUGGACCAGGAACCAUGAAACAUACAGAAGUGUCAGCAGCCUUUACUACUGAAGCAGAACCUAAAAUCAGUGGAGGCACCAUCAUCUGUGCUACUGUUGGGGGUGUUGGUCUGAUUGCUAUCUUGCUGCUGACAGUAUGCUUCAGGAAGUCCAGAAAAGCCUCAAAGCAUGAAGUACAAGUUUACUGCAGCAGCAUUGAGCUCAGCAAUGCAAACGAAACAGAGGGCAGUUGUGGGUAUGCUGCCAUUGACAAGAAGACAAAGUGUAGUAACAAGUCAUCUGAGAGUUCCUCUGCCUGUACUCACCAACAAAGACAGGAUCCACCAACAUCUGAACCCCUUUGCACCUAUGAGAACAUCACUUUCCCCAAACUUCCUGCAUGUUCAGGACAUUCGCCAGCAGAGGAAAAUGACUACGAUAUUAACACUGGGAUCUACAUCACUCCUUUGCCAGCUUUUGAAUAUGAAAGAACAGGUGAUGGCACUUGUGGAAAUCACACAAGAAAACAUAACAUAUGUUUCUCCAACCUUCCUACACAUUCAGAAAAUUCACCCACAGAGGACCAAAAUGACUAUGACAUUUACUCUGCCAUUUACAUGAAUCCUUUGCCAGAUAUUAUGUAUGACACAACAGAUGAUGGCACUUGUAGAGACCACACGCCUAAUCCUAAAACAUGCAAAAAUACAGAGAGCCCCGCAAACAGUGCAUCACCUUGUGUCUCCCGUACCCCCUGUGAAUCCAGCGAAGACAAGCCCGGAUCACGUUGGUUUGGUUUAAACUUAUCAGGAACAAAUCAGAGUUAAUCUCAUAGAUAUGAUUUGUAUCUAUUGUCAUCUUAUUAAGCUUGUACAUGAAACUGUUGAUAUUGUUUCUAUAGCUUUAGAGUUGAAAUGACUUUAAAAAAUUGAGUCUUGUUAGAUUCAUUCGAUUCAAACCACUGCUCUGUGCUAUAAUUUCUGUAAUAAAAUAGGGUCAACAUUAUCGAACUCUGCACUAAGGUGUCACAGGACAUGCACAGAGAUGAGUCUACUGUCAGAGGCCGUGAGAAGAUAUUAUUUGUAUCCUUGUUCACUAAUGUUGUUUCUUUUCUCUGCUGAUUUUGCAAACCUGACUGAAACUCUUCAAAAUCAUUUCUCUGCAGAUGAUCAGUUAGCUGUUUUACAACUGUAAUUUUUGAGAUAUUGUAAAAGGAAGGUUGGAGAUUAGCCUCUAAUUAGCUAAAAGAGUUAGGUCAAAUAAUGGCUUUUUAAGUAAUGAUUUAAUUACUGCUAUCUUAAAGGCCUGUGAUACGUAGCACAUUAACGGAGAUAGAGUGAUCAUAUUUAAGAUAGAAGCAUUAAUUAAUGUUAUGAAUUCCUUGAUGGUUCUAAUCAUUAGCAUUUGAAUAAAUAUUGUCAUUAAGAUUAGCACAUAUAUACCAUUCUGCCUUGAGUUUAACGCCCCCUGCUGGACCACGUAAAUUGUUAUUAAUGUGACAAGUGUGCAUUUGCUUAGGGGUUCCUGUACUUAAUGCUUUCUGUUGUUUAUUUAUGCGUUCGAAAUCAUCAUACUACUUAUUCAUUAUACUAAUACUUUUAAUACUUUUGCACGAUUUUGAUGAGUUUGUGUUCUAAAGCCAAAGUUUGUUUAUUAGGUUGUUCCUAGUGUAACCACGUGUCAUGUAGUCAUAAGAUGACCGAUUAUAUAUACAUGUUUUUGUUGUUUAUUGCUCCCCUUGACUUGUUGUAGAGUAGAUUAGGAAAUUUAAAGAAACUUUGAUAUUUCCCUCACAGUUGUAUUCUUAUAUUUAAUAUAUAAGCUUUAGCUUCACUUCUCUUUGCUUUCACAUUAUAGUAGUGGCUAUACAAUCUACCUUAAGCAUCAUCAAACAGAUACAUGCUUUUAUUCCUCCUAUUGUAUUCUUUUGUUUUAUAUAUUUUCACUCCAAUUCAAUGGUAUAUGUUGGUAAAGCUUAAAAUAAAGCACCUGAAGCUUG